AUGGCUCUUCUAUACAAGAGGGAGCUUACAGAAGCCCUCGGACGCGAGCAGGCCAACAAGGACUAUGCUCGCGCAUGGAAGGUUGCCAUCAAGGCAGUCAGAGCCAUGCUCAGAUUCAAGCGUGGAAUGCGAGGGUGGUCAGGGGCGCCAGCUAGCGGUGGGGAGCCGGCGAUAGACCACACCUUGCGAGGAUUCCAUUUCCUACCCCCGACGCCGCUCCGCCGAACGCAGAAGGAGUUGCCUCCGGACACAGUUGAGCUCGUCCUGCACGGCUUGAAGGGAGAGCUGCUGAUGGGGCCGGACGUCGUGUCACUGGGCGUCAGCGUGUCGCAGAUCAAGAGGCGCUUGUUGGUCUACUCUCGGCAGCAGGUGAUCAAGGGCAGCGUGACCCGAGCCCUGCAGCUCUACAACUUCAUUGCGCUGGGUGCUGUCGUGCACUUCCUUCACAAUCGCCGGGCAGUUGAUGACAUGGAGACUUUGAGGAACCUGCGGUUCGAAGAGCAGAACGAAGGCACUGGGAAAUACUCGCCGGAUACGAUGGCGCACCUGGCGCAGGUGAAGAAGAGCCUCAGCAAAGCUGGCACGGCCGAUGAGCCUCGAGAGUUGCUUGCAGCUCCCAGGCUGGAGCUGAUUGCGGUAGUCUUCGUGCACAUCUACGGUGUCAUCGCCUGGGGCGAUGCUUCGGCAGGCGGCUCCAUCCCUCUCUCUUUGAGCGACCGCCUCUCUGGUGGGAUCACCUUUGUUGUCGGCAACACCCGCGCGUUUGCAGCCGUGUCCCAAUCAGGUGCCGUCACUACCUGGGGUGAUCCAGCCUGUGGUGGGAACUCUGGCAGAGUGACAGAUCAACUCAAAUCUCGGGCCUUCCAAAUUUGCCACAACGAGUGGGCCUUCGCCGCUUUCAGGGAGGGUGGCCAGAUCGUGUGUUGGGGCGAUCCCGAUGCCGGUGGCCAGCCAUCUGGGCUUGGAACAUCCUUAGGGUCCGGUGUUGUGAAGGUUUGCAGCACUGAGUUCGCCUUCGCUGCGUUGAAAGAAAGCGGGCAAGUCGUCACCUGGGGCGAUCCGAGCGUGGGCGGCGAUUCCAGCGGCGUUGCAGAGAAGCUGCAAACCGGCAUUGUCAACAUCUGGGCGAAUGCUGGCGCGUUUGUGGCAGCAAAGUCUGACGGGUCCUUGGUUAUCUGGGGCGACCCAAGCGCUGGAGGGGACAUGAGCGCGCUCAACCAGGAGGAAGCUCGCGAUAUCGAGACCUUGUACUGCAACAUCCGAGCCUUCGCAGCGAUUGCUCAAGGAGGUCGCGUGGUUGCCUGGGGCGCUCCUGGAUGUGGCGGGGACACGUCAGCAGUCGCGUCGCAACUCACAGCGGGUGUUCGAGACAUUCGGACCAAUGGCCGUGCUUUUGCUGCCAUCAAGGAAAAGGGAGCGGUGGUUGCUUGGGGCAAUCCAGACUUCGGUGGCGACGCAAGCGCAACAAGCCAUCUCAUGCAGCACAGCAUUGUGGACAUCAUCCCGAGCUUGAAGGCAUUUGCCGCUUUAAGAGAAGACCCAAUGAGCAAUGGCUUCACCGUCAUGACGUGGGGUGAUCCACAAACUGGCGGAGACUCAAGUGCAGUGUCCCACCUGCUGAUUGGCCAAAUACUGCAGGUGGUGGCCAACGAUUGGGCAUUUGCAGCCAGAAGAGAUGACGGCAUCGUUGUGUGCUGGGGCGACCCAGCUUCUGGGGGUGACAGCUCAGCUGUACAGGAACGUAUCCAUCAAGCAGGUGGAGCGGUGGCCUUGUACAAGACGUCCAGGGCCUUUGCCGCGGUCCUCCAGGAUGGCUCCAUUUGCGCCUGGGGUGAGCCCAGCUGUGGAGGGGACUCCACCCCCGCCGAGUUUGAGCUGGGAGAAGAGAAGGUCCUGGACAUGUGUGCGAAUGAUUACGCAUUUGCUGCUCGUACUUCGCGCGGAUCUGUUGUUGCUUGGGGUCACAAGCUGUAUGGCGGCCACAUCGAGGAGGAGGCUGCUGCCAAGCUGCAGUCCGGCGUUACAAAGAUGAUCGGCAACAAGUUCUCCUUCCUCGCAAUGAAGAGAUCGGGCACCUAUGUAACAUUUCCAGCACGCGAUCCCGCGGACGAGAUGGCACUGGACGCUGCUGGAGCAAGCACUCUUGGGACUGAUUCGUUGUUGCCUGACCAGAAGCUGGAUGCCAUCUUGAACCAGUGGAGAGAAAAGUAUGCUGCUUUCCAGCGGGCGACGCAAACCGUCGUCGGCGGGGUUGGAAAAGGAGGCAUCAUCGUUCGAUGCGCUUCGGCCGUGGGCUCCGAGCAGCUGCCACAGCGCCUCGAAACUGGUGCAGUUGUCCAGGAGCUUUCCCUGCAGGGCGAGCGAUUGCACUACGAGCUGAUCUCCGGAGUGGGGCCGCCGCAGGGCUGGGUGAGCACCAGCUUACAGGGCAGAGCUCUUCUGGAACGGGCAGAUGAGCAGGCGGAGGAGGUGGAGGCUCUUCCAGAUGAAAGCGCUUUGCCAGCUCUGUCUGCGAGUAAGUGGCUGGCAAAGUACGAGCACAGGAAGGAACCCAAAUGCAGGCUCGUGUGCUUCUUUGGUGCCGGGCACGACGCGAUUGGAUUUGCGCACUGGAAUCAGCUCGUGGCGGAGAAGCAUCCUUCCAUCGAGCUGCUGCUGAUUACUUUGCCGGGCCAUGGCGUGAAUCGUCAUGUGCCUGUGCAAGAGAAUGCAGAGGCACUAGCGAAGCUGGCCGCUGAAGAACUGCUGAGCCUCAGCGAGCACUUUGGCCCCUUCGGACUGUUGGGCUUCUCUGUGGGUGCUACAGCCAGCUAUGCGCUUGCACUCGAGAUGAUCUCUCGUGGACGGAAGCCAUUGAAGUUGUAUGUUGCUGGCAGGGCUGGGCCAAAGGUCUGCUUCCGGCCUCCGGCACAUCAGGAGAUUUGGGCCUUAGAUUCGAUUGGCUGGAUACGCUGGUUCGUUGCUAACUUUGCGACUGAAGAUGAUGUCAAAAGAACAGAACGACUGAUUCAGUUGUCUGACGGGCCCAACGACGGUCUGUUAAAAUCCAUUUCGUCGUCGCAGAAGGCGGACAUGCUUCUUGGAGACAGUUUGGCAGGUGCAGAGCUCCCAGCCAUUGAAUCGGAUCUCUACGUGCUAGCAUCAAGGGCCGAUGAAGUAUGGCCAGCGGAGGACAGUGCAAAGUUUGGCAACCGUUGUUGCCCGGCGUACAUGGACUGCGCUGAGACCUGGAAGCCGUAUACUCUCGGAUCAACGACUCUCAAGUAUUUCGACGACUUGACUCACAGCGAGCUGUGCACCGAACUCCUGCUGGAAGAAGUUUGUCGUGACCUAUCAGCCGUGAUGCAAGAUGCGCGCGAGGGGGAAAAAGGCACUGCUUGUUUGAGCAGAGGGUGGAAAGCGUUGGGGAAUGAUGCAUGUACCGAUGGGACUUGGACUGCGGUUGCAUCGGAUGCACACAAGCACCAGGCUCUGCAUGUCCUAAGCACCGAUGCGACCAUGACCACUUCAAAGCCAGCGCGUGUUGGAGCUAGCCGUGAAGCAUCAGAGAGCGAUGACGAGGCUUUUCUGCGGAAGAUCAAGCAGGAAGUAGGUCUGGAUGCUGGUCCGAUUUGGGACUCCCUGCCAACUCCAGGAGAAGGCAGCGCAGGUGGCAGCCCAGUCGCGGCAGAGGCCGACCUGUACCCGCUACCGGUUGCUUUUGAAGAGGAGUUUGGGCAUCUCCGAUCAGCUCUUCCAGCAGAUGCUGAGGAACAAGUCUGGCAGGAAGGAGCUGAAGCUGAAACUCACGACGGAGAUGAUGACACGAACACUUCUGGUCCUCGCGAAGCUGCCGCAGCCGGCGAGAGGGACAAGAAUGCAGCUCAGGCCGACCAUGUAUUGCCUGGCUAUAGGCCACCUUUUUCAAGCCAGAAGCUUCGAAACAAGACAUUUCAACCGCCAUAG